CGUCAUACGUUUAUGGUGGUUCCAAGAAUUAUAAAAUGAAACGAAUCGUAAAUAUAACAAAAAUAUUAUAGAACUAGCCGCAAAACGUUUUCAAUAUGGAUCAAGACACAAAUCUAUAUGAUAUUCCUCUUUCUUGGCUUACAAACGAAUCUCGAAAUCUGUUAUCAAACUUAUUAAACUCAACAAAAGUACUGCCUAGCGACGGACCAGAGAAGUUACCAAGGUAUUGGCGGGGUUUGGCAUCAUUGGCAAACAUAUCAGCAGAAGUUGCCGCAAAUGUUGAGUUACAGUUGGACAGAACUGCCAAAGUGUUAGAUAUAUGGAUGAAUGAUAAUCCAAAAACAGCCUACGUUGGUUACCUCCUUGAGUAUCUGCAACGUCUUGAUAGACAUGAUGUGUAUGAUGAUUGUAUUGAAUUACACAGACACAGAAGACUUAUAGGGAGACCAAAUGACAAUCCUCUGAGGCUGUCAAUGGAGGUGCCAGAUGAUGAUAGUCUUAUUACAUAUGAGGACAGCAUGUACGGAGAGCCACAAUACUACCAUGCAUAUGUUGUAUAUGCGCAAGAGGAUAAGGAAUUUGUGGAUUACCUACUGGUCCGAAUGAGGGCGGAAUCUUUCAGGCUAUGCACAGAAGAGGAUCUGUUGCCGGGGCACUCGACACAGUAUGCGCCGGUAUCGCGGCUAAUAUCAGAGCGCUGUCAGCGAAUCAUACUCGUCUACUCCCCAGAUUUCCUCAAGUGUCCUGCAAACAGCUACUACACGAACUACGCACAAGCUGUCGCUAUUGAGCGGAAGCAGCUGAAGAUAAUCCCCCUGGUGUACCGGCAGUGCCAGCUGCCUAUGCAGCUAACCUACUACCACAAGCUGUACUACCCCUCGCAACACCACAAGCCACCCUACGACUUCUGGCAGCGCCUCAGUGACACCCUCAAGAUCACCAAUAUACCGAGAUUAAACAGUACGGGAUCAAACAACGCGGUUGCUAUCAGAGAAGUGACGACAAACAAUAGUACAUUUGAAUCAAGGAACAUUGGGAACGGCUUCACUGCAAAUAAAACUGCCUUCCUCCAGUUACCGAGUAUUCCAUCCAUAAAAAGUCUAUCCAUGUCGGGACUGGACAGCUGUGACAAGAUCACACUCGAUGACAACAAGUCCUUGAGCAAUGUCAGUCAGUUGAGCGAAGGCAAACAGAAGAAACCAAACAAAAUAAAGAGCUUCAUAAACUGUUUGAAGAAGAAACCGAAAAAAUCCAUAGCCGUUAUGGACGGCUAAAAAUUCUGACGAGAACAAAACAUGUUUAAUAUAAAGGUAUUGGAAAAUGUUCUAGUUAAAAAAAAAAACAAAUUUGCACAAUUUACAUAUUGGCUUUUCUAAUGUUAGUUUCACACAAGGGCUGAAAUUAAGACAGUGAAGUAGUGAGACCAUAGACAAAAUUAUAUUCGGUUAGUGUUAUCCUUAGAGAACCAUAAAUUUUGAUUUAUUACUUUACAAUAUUCCUAAUCAGAUUACUUUGUUUAUGAGGCAUUUACUGUGUUGAUGUGCAUUCAAACAAAAACAGUAUUUGGCUCCCUCGUGGAAGCAUUUCAGACAAGAUUACAUUUUGUUGAAAUUUUUAUAUACUCUUGUAAGGGAACAUAAAUAGUGUUAGUAUUUUUAUAUGUAAUUUUUAUAUAU